CAUAACCUCGUAUUUGAGCUAACAUCGUGAAGGAAUCCACCAAAGUUAUUUUAUGUUACCGGCAUUAUGACAGAAACUCAACAAAAGGCGAAAUGUAUCACGCUAAAAGGAUCGGCGGAAUUGGUUAAACAGUAUUUACAUUAUGGAGUUAAUAGUAUACUUUAUCAAAGAGGGAUUUAUCCACCUGAAACUUUUGAGCCAGCUGAGCAUUUUGGAUUGUUUAUUCUAAUGUCAACGGAUGAAAAGAUCAAAUCGUUUCUUGACACGGUUCUUGGUCAGGUUCAAGAAUGGCUCGUUCAACGUAAGGUACAGAAAGUCACGUUGGUAAUUACAGAUGUUAACACCAAAGAAGUUCUGGAAAAGUGGGAUUUCAAAGUAGAUUAUGAGGGUACUAAGUCUAACGGUGCUACCGAUAGUACUUCGUCCCUGCCCGAUGUUGGAACAAAAGACGUUAAGUCGAUCCAGAAAGAAAUUCGUGAAGUUAUCCGGCAAAUUACUGGCACUGUCAGUUUUCUACCAUUAUUGGACUGCUUAUGUUCCUUUGAUAUUUUAACUUACACCGUGCCGGACUGUGGCAUUCCUAAAGAAUGGGACGAGACGCAGCCAGUGUUUAUCGCGAACAGCCAAGAAGUGCAACUUAGAUCCUUUUCUACGUCUAUUCAUAAAAUGGAUACUAUAGUUAGUUAUAAGAAUACUUAACUGAAUGGCAUGGUUAAUUCAAUAUUUCUGGAAUUUCUUUGUACAUGCAAAUUAUUUCUCAACUACCUGAUGUUUUAAAGUGAAUUCAAUUUUAGUACCAUCAUUUCACUAGUCGAUCGAAGUGGAACAAAUUUUGUGUUAUUUAUUUAUCUGUAUCGUUAAGAACAAUCUGUUUGAGCUAACUUGAAGCAUUAGAUUUAAAAUUAUGUGAACCAUUUUGUAUUAAUAGUUUUCUAGCAUUUAAUUGAAUAUGCUCUUUUAGAGGUAACGAAUAGUGGCGUUUAGAGUACAAUUUUCUAUAAAUAUAUUUUUUUACCAUACAAAAUA